GAACAGACUCUGAAGCCAUCAGAAUCUGUAGCGAAUACGCAAAGCAACAGGUCAUGAAUGCCUCGUUCCUGUCUAAUUCACCAACUUCAGCAAUGUGCGAGACGCCAAGCUCCAUUGCAAGGCAAGAAACUCCAUGCCCUCAUACUAAAAACCGGCCUAGACCAGUGUGCUGCCCCCUUUCUCAGCAAUGGUCUCAUAGAUAUGUAUGGCAAAUGUCGCUUACCGGGAGACGCCCUCCAGGUGUUCGAUGAAAUGACCCACAGAGACUUAGCUUCCUGGGCUUCUAUUUUCACCGCCCACAACAUAGCCAGCCUUCCUCGCUGCACUCUUUCCAUCUUUCCGAACAUGUCACGUCUUGACGGCUUUGAUCCGGACCAUUUUGUUUUCGCUAGCCUCGUUAAGGCCUGUGCUAACCUCAGUGAUUUGAGAAUAGGGAAACAAGUGCACGCACAGUUUAUUUUGUCACACUUUUCGGGUGAUGAUGUUGUGAAGUCUUCCCUUGUUGAUAUGUACGCCAAAUGUGGAGUGCUUGAUCUUGCUCGGGCUGUUUUUGACUCAAGUUUGUUUAGGAAUUCAAUUUCUUCAGCUGCAAUGAUUUCUGGGUAUGCACGGCAUGGGAGGCAGUGUGAGGCUAUGAAGCUUUUUCGCGAGUCUCCGGCCAGGACUUUAUUUAUGUGGACAGCUUUAAUAUCUGGAAUGGUGCAAAGUGGGCAUUUGUUUGAUGCAUUUAAUCUUUUUAUUGAGAUGAGAAAAGAGGGUGUUGAAAUUGAGGAUCCAUAUAUCUUUUCAAGUAUGAUUGGAGCUUCUGCUAGUCUAGUAGCGUUGGAUCUCGGGAAGCAGGUUCAUGGCUUGGUUAUAGGUUAUGGUUAUGAAUGUAGCUUGUUCGUUAGUAAUGCCCUUGUGGACAUGUAUUCCAAGUGUACUGAUAUAUUAGCAGCAAAAACCAUUUUUGAUGGCAUGGUGAAGAGAGAUGUUGUCUCUUGGACCUCGAUAAUUGUUGGCAUGGCACAGCAUGGUAAAGCUUAUGAUGCUUUAUCUCUGUAUGAUGAGAUGAUUUUGGCUGGUAUGAAGCCAAAUGAAGUGACUUUCAUGGGACUAAUUUAUGCUUGUAGUCAUGUUGGCUUGGUGGAGAGAGGCCGUAGCCUUUUCAAUUCGAUGACCGGGGAUUAUGGUUUGAAUCCAUCCCUACAGCAUUAUACAUGCUUGUUAGAUCUAUUGAGUCGAUCAGGACUUCUUGAUGAGGCUGAAAACCUCCUUAACACGAUGCCGUUUGAGCCUGAUGAAGCUGCUUGGGCUGCACUAUUGAGUGCUUGCAAGAGGCAUGGAAAUACCGAGAUGGGGGUAAGAGUUGCUAACCGUAUUCUAAAUUUAGGGCCGACUGAUCCUUCUACCUGUAUUUUACUAUCUAAUAUUUAUGCUGGUGCUGGUAUGUGGGAGAAUGUGUCUAAAUUGAGGAAAUUGAUGGCAACUAUGGAGGUUAAGAAAGAGCCAGCUUAUAGUUGUAUUGAUUUGGGGAAAGAAAGCCCUGUGUUCUAUGCUGGUGAGUCAUCAUUUCCAUUGAAGGAUGAGAUAUUUUCACUUCUAAGGGAGUUAGACUCAGAGAUGAGAAGAAGAGGCUAUACACCGGAUACCACAUGGGUUUUGCAUGAUAUGGAUCGAAACGAGAAAGAAAGGCAGCUAUUUUGGCAUAGCGAGAGAUUGGCAGUGGCUUACGGCCUUCUGAAGUCCGUGCCAGGGGCAGUUAUAAGGGUUGUAAAAAACCUUCGUGUUUGUGGGGAUUGCCACACUGUUCUGAAAUUGAUUUCAGGCAUUACAAAUCGUAGGAUUGUCGUGAGAGAUGCCACCAGAUUCCACCACUUCAAAGAUGGGAGAUGUUCAUGUAACGACUUUUGGUAAUUCCUCAAUUUUGAUUAUGCAUUUUAGGACUCUUACCCAAAUUCCUUAGCACCAUAGGCCAUUUAUCAAUCAUUUUCUCAUGCUUAAGGUAUAUAUAUAUCAUCAUCAUACUAUUAUUUUUCCUUUACUGGAUAUGCUUCAUUUUGAUGUCUUGAUGGCAUAUGCAGGCUUGAGCAUGUAAGAUUUCUUUGCAACACAGUUCAUUUGAUAGAUUAAGAUUCCAAUACAAAAUGCAAGAGAACUAUUUUGGAUUCUUAAUUUCGUUAUUUCUUAUUGAUGAACACCUACCAAAGGCCAAAACAUUUUAGGAUUCAUUGCUAUUUCAUCAUAUCAUAUUGCUAUAGACCUGUGUUCUCUAAUGGAAAACAUUUGAACUGUCAUUAUAUAUCUUCCAAAAACUUUUUUAGAUUGCGGUUUGAAGAACCACCUUCCUUCAUAGCUUCAACAGCUAAACUCGCCCACUUAUUGGCAUUCUUUCUUAUCUCCUCCCCUCUCUCUCCUCCUCCCAUUACAAUCUCCAAACAUCUUUUAAUCUCUUCCCUUUCCACAACCUUUUUCUCAUUCGCCCGUGCCCACAGUCCUGUUCCCCAUACUUCCUCCACUAGCUUAGCAUUCGUGAACUGGUCGGAGAAAUGUGGACAUGCCACGAUUGGCAUACUAGCCACCAGACUUUCUAGUGUCGAGUUCCACCCACAGUGUGUCAGAAAACACCCUAUGGACUUGUGAAAAAGCACUUCCGUUUGGGUACACCAUGGCACGACUAGUCCUCGUUCCUCUACCCCCUUAUCCUUCAUGGCCUUUGCUUCUUCGCUUUCACUCUCCCAUGACCUGAUGACCCACAAGAAUGGGCGCGAGCUUUCCAUCAAUGCUUCCAAAACUUCUUCCUUUUGCUCGCGGCUUAUCUCUGCCAAGCUCCCAAACGAGACGUAAACCACAGAACGCUCUGCCUUUGAGUCUAACCACGAUAGAUAGUCCUUGGAUUUCCCGAACAUAUCACAACCGAAAGAUGUGUCCGUGGCAUCAUUCCCAUCAGAGAAAGCCGACGGGACCAAAGGGCCAAUGGGGAUGAUAUUCAUAUUGGGGAAGAUUUUCAGUUGCUUUUCUUCCAAAGCUUCAAAAGUGUUGAUGAGCACCAAAGGGUUGGGAUCCUUUUCCAAGACCUCCAUGUGAUCCCUCAAGGUACCUGUCAUGAGUGAAUUGAGAUGAUCACUUGGUAUGAGAAAGCUUGGAAUCUCUUUAUGAGAUAACAAGGGUAGUCCUGGUAAUUUCAGUGAAAAUGAGGGGUCAUUAAUGUCAAUGACACCAUCUUUAUGAACACCAUUGUUGGCGUUAAAGAAAUGGUGAUAAAUAGCCAAAGCAGCAGUGCACUGAAUGACUAGGAAAGCCGAUGGCACGUGGACCGCGUGAGCCACGUCAGCAGCCCAAGGGAGCAUAAUAGUGUAAACCAAGAAGGUGACAGGGUGGCCCUGGCUAGAACACGUGUCCAAUAGCCUUGCGAGAUUUCCGGGCCCGGCUUGCUUAAAUUUAGCCAUGUAGUCAUCCGGGGUGGUGGUUUUUGAUGACGUGUCGCCGCCGCCGUCGUUGCCGUCGGUAAAGGAUUCAAAGAAUAAGCGGUCGACGGUUGGGCGGUUGCGCAUGCGGCUAAGGCCUACGGUGGUGGUGGCAAAGGUGACACGCGCGCCGGCGCGUGCGAGGUUCUUUGCUAGUUGAAGCGUGGGGUUGAUGUGGCCUUGAGCCGGAAGGGAGAUGAUCAUGAAAUGAUGGUGCUUGUUCAUGUUGAUGAUGGCUUAUUAGCAAUGUUUUGGGUUAAUUCGAAGACGAGUGAGAGUAAAAAUGAUGAGAAUUUAGUGGCUUCUUGUAGUUAGAAAGUGAUUAGGACUAAUCGCGUGUUUUUGACUUGUUGAGACGGUUUGCGUUGCUUUCAAGAAGGCUGUUUAUCCCAUUUAAUUUGUAUUUAGUGUAGAGUUUUCAGCAUUCACUAUGACAUGAAAAGCGAAUUUUUUUUA